AUGACAACAGACAAGAUGGACAAGCCAGAGGUCGUCAUCAAAAUGGCUCUCCCGGAAGACGCAGCCAAUAAAACCCUCAUCACAACCCUCGCCGACAUCGUCAACACGGCCUACACAGCCGCCGAAGCCGACAUCUUCAUCCCCUCAUACAAACGUACAUCACCCAGCGGAAUAGCCUCCUACAUAGCCGACUCCCAGCUCGCAAUCGCCUACAAUUCCACCGGCGAACCCAUCGGCUGCGUUUUUGUCAAAAUCCUCUCACCCAAGCUCGGCCAAUUCGGCAUGUUGGCAUUGGACGCGAAAUACCAAGGCAGCGGUCUAGGAAAGCAGAUUACUGUUUUUGCAGAAGAUGAGGUCAGAAGACAAGGCUGUGAGAGGAUGCAGCUUGAGAUUCUCGUGCCGUUGACGUUUCAUCAUGACGGCAAGGCGAGGAUGUUGGCGUGGUAUAAUAGGAUGGGCAUGAGACUCAUCAAACAUGUCUUAUUCGCGACCUUUGCGUGCGCACUCCAAACCCCGCUCACUGGUCCGUUAUCGUACACCAUCUCCUCGUCGCCAUUACUCGAGCUCCAUAAAUCCCUCGUCGAAGAGACUUCAAUCACAGGCUCCGAAAAGUCCGUCACCGACUUCCUUCAAACUUAUCUCAAAGAUGCAGGCUUCACUGUCGAAACUCAGACUGUCGCAAAGGAUCGCGACAACAUAUUCGCGUACUACAAGACGCGAAAGACGCGCGUUCUGGUAACUUCUCAUCUCGACACUGUUCCACCAUAUUGGCCAUAUGAGAGACGCGGCGAUGAGAUUUGGGGGAGAGGGAGUGUCGAUGCGAAGGGUAGUGUUGCGGCGCAAAUUAUUGCUGUUCGGGAACUGUUUGAAAGGAACGAGAUUCGGGAGGGUGAUGUCGCGCUAUUGUUUGUUGUGGGUGAAGAGGUUGGUGGUGAUGGUAUGAAGGCUGCGAACAAACUCGACUUGUCGUGGGAGUCUGUCAUCUUUGGCGAGCCGACAGAGCUCAAACUGGCUUCAGGACACAAAGGCGGAUUGCGCUUCACUAUCAGAGCGAAAGGCAAAGCAGGACACUCUGGAUACCCUGAGACCGGGAGCAACGCGAUCGACAGUCUAGUCAACGGACUGGUAGCGCUGAAGCAAUCCAAACUUCCAUCGAGUGAUGAGUUUGGCAAUACUACGAUCAAUAUUGGUAAGAUCGAAGGUGGUAUUGCUGCGAACGUUAUCCCGGCGAACGCCUCUGCUAUCGCGAGUGUGAGGAUUGGAGCUGGGACAGCUCAUGAGAUGAAAGAGUUGGUCAAGAAGAUUGUUGAGGGCAGUGUUCCGCACUUGAAUGUUGAGUUCAGUACAUAUGCUGUUGAUCCUGUGCCGCUUGAUCACGAUGUUGAUGGUUUCGAGAAAAUAGUGGUCAACUAUGGAACAGAUAUCCCAUCUCUCGAAGGCCACCAUAAGAAAUAUCUCUACGGACCAGGGUCUAUUCUCGAAGCACAUUCUGAUCAUGAACAUCUCAAGGUGUCGGAUUUGGAGAACGCUGUGGGAGGCUACAAAGCGCUCAUAUCUCACGUGUUGCAGUCGUCAAAGGACUAG